CAGUUCAUCGUCUGUCGGUUGUGGGAGAGGAGACAAAAAUGUCGGAGAUUGUCUGUCGCUGUCGGUAGUAACAUUCGAAUCGUCCUUCAAAACUGUGUUUUCUCUGUUGGUGUUAAAUUCAACAACUCUUAUUUUACAUACAAUACAGUUAAAGUGAAUCAAUAUGUUGUGGUGUUUAUAGAACGAUUUUCCCUGAAAACUUGGAAAUAAUGGUAAAUUUCAACACAUGUUUUUCUCGAAUCUGUUCAGUUACAAAAAAAUUACAUCACGGUAUUGCCCAACUGACAUUAUUUCGUCUAGACUGGUAUUUUUAAAAGAUUGGACUUGAUACUCGAUGUAUUUACAAAACAGGUAAAAGGUGGUUAUGCCACCUUGGUGCCCCGUAACCCCCUACAAGGGGUUGUUCAUAUUAGUGCUGGCAUUCGUACUUCUGGAAUACAUUCUCAACACGAAUUCGACAUUCGACAAUACGAAUAAGUUACCAAAAGAAGAAAAAGAAUCUUCGGGCUAUGGUCCUCUCCUGAAGACAUUACUGUUUAAGAACAACAAAACUUACGAUCAUAAUAACUCCCUCAUUUACACAACGAAGAAUGAAUCCUAUUAUAAUUACGUCGUAACCGAGCCACCAUUCCUAACUACGAACCUCAACUUGAACGUUUCUUUUUCUACGCCUGCUGUGAUUGAAGUUUCAACCGUCAUCGAAGCUGGAAACGAUACGAAGAUUAAUUCCACCGCUUUGCCGUUGUGUCCGGACGAUAUUUCGUCGAAUUUGGUUGGUAGAAUCCCCAUCAUUCGAACACCAGUACCCACAGUCCAAGGACUAGAGAAACAAUUUACUUGGCUUAAACCCGGGGGGCACUGGCAACCAUCCAACUGCAAAGUGUUAAAAAGUGUAGCUAUUGUGAUUCCAUAUCGAUGUAGAGGGGAGCAUCUGCUUCUGUUCCUGCAGCACAUGCAUCCGUUCUUAAGGAAGCAGAUGUUGGAUUAUACUAUUUUUGUGGUAGAGCAGGAAGGCGAUGGACCGUUCAACAGAGCCAUGUUGAUGAACAUCGGGUUCGACGAGGCGUUGAAGAGCAGAAAGUUCGAUUGUUUUAUCUUUCAUGACAUAGACCUCUUGCCUGAGGAUGAUCGGAACUUGUAUACUUGUCCCGAACAACCGAGGCAUAUGAGCGUCGCUGUAGAUAUUUUUAAAUAUAAGUUACCGUAUCCAGCAAUAUUUGGUGGAGUCUCAGCUAUUAGCACAGAACAUUUUAAAUUAUUAAACGGCUUUUCGAAUUCGUUCUGGGGAUGGGGCGGAGAAGAUGACGACAUGUCCAAUCGGAUUAGGUACCACCAUCUUCACAUUUCCAGAUAUCCCGUCACGAUAGCUCGGUACACAAUGUUAACGCACAAGAAGGAUACGCCUAGCUCGACUCGGUACGAGAUCCUUAAACAAGGCCAACAAAAAUACGACAAAGACGGAUUGAACAGUUUAAAAUUCAAGCUAAUUACGAAGAAGCUGACUCCUUUGUAUUCCUGGGUCUUCGUAAAUAUUGAGCCGCUUAGUUGAUGAUCACAUUAGGCGUAAUAGAGUGUUCAAUUAGUGAGAUUUAAUUGUGAUGUAGCGAAAGGAUGUAACGCAGAAUCAGUCAUACAAUAAUUUAUAAGCAAAACCGUAUCUUAAUUAGGUUAAUACUUCGAUAUACAGUGGGCGAUUAAAUUAUUGGAGCUACAAGAUGCAAUUAGUAAGUGAAGAAAUACUGAGUUUGUACCUAUUCUCGUUUAAGAAUAUGUAUUUCCAAUAUUUGAAUUAUAAUAGACGUUCAUUUUAGCAAGUUGCCCUAAUAGUUUGACCACCCACUGUAAUUAAUUAAUUAAAGCGGUGACUUAAUGAUCUUUUCAAAUUUUGUAGUAAAACACUGAUUUUGAAUAGCUUUUCAGUUGAUUUUGUGGAAUAGGGCUUUUCAUCGAUUGUCAUUUGUUUCGAGCUUGUCAGACGUUGUAUAAUCUGUGUAUACGUUAAUAUACACGGAUUAUACGAUAUUUGACAGAAGCUCGAAACAAAUGACUGCGAAUGAAAAGCCCUAUAGGGCAUUCCAACAUGCUGUCAAAAUUAAAUCAAUAUGGGGGCUGGGAGGCAAACAUAAAUGUUAUUCUGUUAGUUCUUAAUGUUUUUUAGAUAAUUUAAGUUACGUUUCCUUGUAAUUUUGUUUUGUACAAGGAUUAAUUUAACAUUUUCACUGGACGAAUUAAUUUAAAAAGAUAAUAUGCCUCAUUUCUGUUGUGUAUUGAAGUGUCGAAUGCGAAGUAACCGUGGUAAAGUUCAGUUUUAUCGGUUACCAUCAGUGCUACAUUUUAAGCAUAAAACUGAACUAAAUAAGUGAUCAUCUGAGAGACAGAAACAAUGGUUCAAGACUAUAAAAUGUCCUAUAAAAAUGCUAAAUAACUAUGGUACCUACGCUAAACAUUCACUCAUGUUUAUUUAUUGACUGCUUAAAGCUAAAUAAAGUCGUUCGAGUACUUCUGCAACUAAAAACUACACAAAAUUAACAACAAAAUGUUCGGAAAAUACAACUAAAAAACUAUACAAUGUCUCCCAGCAGUGUCAUAAACGUCAAAAACUUGGUAUGCCCUAUGUAGUUAUCCGUAUCCUUAGCCCACUAUUUCCGCCAAGUAUUAGUAUUUUUACGUGUGGCAGGUUUUUACAUAAUUAUUACGUAAAUUCGUUAAUUAUUCCUUCGUAAAUAUUGUUUUUCAUGUAAAAUUUUUCUUUAUCACAUAGUAAGAUGAUUUUUCUUUUUUAAAUAGUGCUUUUGACGCGUAAAUUGCAAAAAUAUAUAUAUUUUUUUUUGUUUUUUUUUUUAUAAGUUUCUACAUGAAAUUUACGUAGCUAUGCACAUAUUUUACAUGUUUUAGGCUAAUUAUGUAAAAUUGUUGAAAUUUUGUAUCUGAAAAUUUAAAGCAGUUGCAAUAACAUUCUAUAAUUCCCACUCAAUUGUGUCCAAAUUGUACAUAAUUUUUGAGUUUUCUUUAAGCGUUAACGUGAUCAUUAUGUAAAUAAGUUGAUUUUUCUCUCUAAAAAGUGCUUUUUGAUCCAAAAACGCUGAAAGGCCUUUACGAUAAUAUUUUAUGUAAAUUCCAACGUAAUUUCAUUCAAAUUGUACGUGAUAUUAGAGUUUUCUUUAAAUUAUUACGUGAUUAUUACGUAAGUAAGUUUUUUUAUAUUUAAAAUAGUUGAAAGGCAUUUACAAUACCAUUUGAUGUGAAUUUCAACCAUAUUUGCCCUAAAUUUUUACAUGAUUUUCGAGAUCUGUACGAGUCUUCUUUAAAUAAUUACGUGAUUAUUUUGUAAAUGAGUUGAAUUUCGGUGCUUUCUGACCUAAAAUCACGGAAAGGCAUUUGCAAUAAUAUUCUAAGUGAAUUUCCACUUAAUUGCAUCCAAAUUAUACAUAAUUUUUGAGUUUUCUUUAAAUGAGUACGUAAUUAUUAUGUAAAUGAGUUGAUUUUCGUCUCUGACAUGAUGCUUUCUGACCUAAAAUCAUUGAAAGGCAUUUGCAAUAAUAUUCUUUGUUAAUUUCCACUUAAUUGCAUCCAAAUUUUACAUAAUUUUUGAGUUUUAUUUAAACGACUACGUGAUUAUUAUGUAAAAAAGUUGAUUUUCUCUCUAAAAGAGUGCUUUUUGAUCUAAAAUCACUGAAAGACAUUUACAGUAAUAUUCUAUGUAAACUCCAUCUUAGUUUUAUCCAAAUUGUACGUGAUAUUCGAGAUUUCUUUAAUUUGUUACGUGAACAUUAUGUAGAUAAAUUGAUAUUCUUCUCUUAAAUGCUGUUUUUUUUUAUUUAAAACAGUAAAGGACAUUUCCAAAAUACAUUUUAUGUGAUUUUAAACUUAUUUACCCGAAAUUUUAAAUAAUUUUCGAGUUUUCGGCGAGUUUUCUUUAAAGUUUUACGUGAUUGUUAUGUAAAUAAAUUGAUUUUCCUCUCUUAUAUGCUGUUUUUUACUGAAAAUAGGUGAAAGGUAAUUACAAUACCAUUUGAUAUGAAUUUCAACCAUAUUUGCCCUAAAAUUUUACAUGAUUUUCGAGAUCUGUACGAGUCUUUUUUAAAUAAUUACGUGAUUAUUAUGUAAAUGAGUUGAAUUUCUUCUCUGACAUGGUGCUUUCUGACCUAAAAUCACUGAAAGACAUUUGCAAUAAUAUUCUAAGUGAAUUUUCACUUAACUGCAUCCAAAUUAUACAUAAUUUUUGAGUUUUCUUUAAAUGACUACGUGAUUAUUAUGCUGUAAAUGAGUUGGUUUUCGUCUCUGACAUGAUGCUUUUUGACCUAAAAUCAUUAAAAGGCAUUUGCAAUAAUAUUCUAUGUUAAUUUACACUUAAUUGCGUCCAAAUUUUACAUAAUUUUUGAGUUUUCUAUAAAUGACUACGUGAUUAUUAUGUAAAAAAGUUGAUUUUCUCUCUGAAAGAGUGCUUUUUGAUCAAAAAUCGCUGAAAGACAUUACCAGUAAUAUUCUAUGUAAACUACAUCUUAGUUUUAUCCAAAUUGUACGUGAUAUUCGAGAUUUCUUUAAUAUUACGUGAACAUUAUGUAAAUAAAUUGAUAUUCUUCUCUUAAAUGCUGUUUGUUGAUUUAAAACACUACAUUUUAUGUGACUUUCAACUUAUUUACCCGAAAUUUUACGUGAUUUUCGAGUUUUCGGCGAGUUUUCUUUAAAUUAUUACGUGAUUGUUAUGUAAAUAAAUUGAUUUUCCUCUCUUAUAUGCUGUUUUUGACUGAAAAUAGGUGAAAGGUAAUUACAAUAACAUUUUAUCUAAAUUUCAACCUACCCCCCCUAACAUUUUAUCUAAAUUUCAACUUACUUCCCCUAAAUUCUACAAGAUUUUCGAGUUUUCUACGAGUUUUAUUUAGAUUAAUAAUUAAUUCUCAUAUAAAUGAGUUGAUUUUUCCCUCUGAAAUAGUGCUUUUCACAUUCUAUGUUAGCUCCUACGUAACUCCGCAGAAUUGUACAUGAAAUAGUGCUUUUUUGGACAAGUUCGCCAAUCGCGUACUUCUAUAACAUAAACAAUAAUUUACAACGAUUUUCCCUAACUGCUUUGAAGUAUUAGUAAUAUUAAAUUUUUUUCUCUUGCUGACCCAAUAGCUUCUACCCUACCCUAUAUUAGAUUAUCAAUUCAGCGUAAUUUUUACGUAAUUUUCGUGUAUUCUUUCGUAAAUUAGUAAACUUAGAUACUAGUUUAUAAAUUUUCAGACCUAUAGAUCAGUUUUUUAUUUACAAAAUUUGGAAAUAUCUAUUGCGGCACUAAGAAAAUGCAAAUUUUACUAUAUAUACACUACGCCCUUCGGCAAACUGUGUAAACAAGUCUUAUGAAGACGCUAGGUUGUUGAUUUUUUACGUUAAAAGACUAUUAGACUUAAGACACUAAUUUUAAGAAAUAACUGAUAUUAAAUCCAGUAAAGAAUUAUUUUUUAAAACAAAGCAUUGCAGCAAGUAUUGUUUAUUGCAAAUCGUCCAUGUACUACCAGUUGUAGAAACUGCUCGAAAUAUUUUUAGGUUAGGUUUUAAAGAUUUGUUGUUUUUUUUUUUGUACUGUAAGUUUAUAUUAAAACGUUUUUAUUUGUAAAUAUAUGUACUUACCGACUUAUUAAAAUAAAUUGUAUUUUUGUUUAAAACAUACAAAAUCAA